GAUCGAGGGCCGUGGGCAGCCGGGAGCUGCGGGGCAGCGUCCUGGGAAGGCGGCCCGAAGGGGAGGUGGUAUCUGAAGAAACAGUCUGAAGAUGAACUUCUUCCUGGAAACAUUAAGAUGCAUUGUACUUUUUGUUUAUUAUUUACUGGAGUCACUGGUGUUCUUGGUUGUUCCUGGACGAAAGAAGAAUGUUAGUGGUGAAAUCGUAUUAAUUACAGGAGCAGGAAGUGGCAUUGGAAGAGUCUUGGCAAUAAAGUUUGCCAGCCUUGGAGCCACAGUGGUCCUCUGGGAUAUUAAUCAAGAAGGGCUCAACUGUGCCGUUAGACUGGCCAGAGAAAAUGGGGCAGGAAGAGUACACUCUUACAUCUGUGACUGUAGCAAAAGACAGGAUAUCUACAGAGUAGCUGACCAGGUUAAAAAAGAAGUUGGCGAUGUCAGCAUCCUAAUCAACAAUGCUGGUAUUGUAAUCGGGAAGAGAUUUCUUGAUUCUCCAGAUUCACUUCUAGAAAAAACCAUGGAAGUGAACACAAUGGCACACUUCUGGACUUACAAAGCCUUCCUCCCAGCAAUGAUUGCCGCUAACCAUGGACACUUGGUUAGCAUAACAAGCUGUGCAGGACUGUGUGGAGCCAAUCAGGUUUCAGAUUACUGUGCAAGUAAAUUUGCAGCAAUCGGUUUUGCUGAAUCAAUUGAUAUGGAGAUGAGAGCUUUGAGAAAAACUGGUGUUAAAACCACAAUUGUAUGUCCUUUCGCUAUAAACACAGGAAUGUUUGAUGGUGUUAAAUCCAAAUGGCCACGUCUGGCUCCUGUUCUGGAUCCAGAGUAUGUGGCUGAGAGGAUAAUCAGUGCUGUUCGGCAGAACCAAGAAGUAUUGUUCAUACCACGCAUCAUUUAUACUUUACAUUUUUUGAAAAGCUUCCUACCAGUGAAAGCAGCUGUUCUCCUGUUAGACUACUUUGGAGCCUUUGAUAUCAUGAAUACCUUCAAAGGUCGACCAAAGAACGAGUGAAAAAGCACAAAAUUCAGACACCAGCAGCUUUAAAGUGAAUGUUGUUAAAGGUGGUGGUGGGAAAAGUUUGCUUCACUAGCAGCUGUGAACUUUGGGUGCCUCAUUUCUCAACAGCAACAAGAUUUUGAAGAGUUGCUUUUUAACUGCCAAUCAACAGCUUUCAUCUGAACUAUUUUUUUUUAGUGCAGCAAAUUGUUUUCACCCCAUUAUGGAAAUACAUUAAUUGAAUUUAGUUGCUUUGGUUUAUAAUGCCUUAAAUGGGAUCCUGCAUCACAAACCAAUAAUUGGCAACUCUGGGGGGAAGAAAAGACCGAGAAAUCACAAAUAUUUAGCAGGUAGCCAGAAAAACUUGGAGUGGAUCUGACUUCUUGUUGCCAUUCAGUGAACCACGAGGAUGGGCUGUACUGCUGGUGCCAUGACCAUUCCCUGGUAAGAGAGAAAUUCAAGAAUUUCCUCAAACAACAGAUUCUAACUCUUACAAAUGAAAGUUUUGUGAGAUAAAAAUAUGCACUGUGUUGUUAAAAAAAAUAAAAUUACACUUAUUAACUUUGGAGGUGUGAUCUCUCAACAUACAGAUGACAAUGGAUGUUGGGGCAGGGACAAGGAAAGAUAUGUAAAUUAAGCAUUUGUGUUGCUAAUCUACUUUGUGCCUAAUUUAUUUUAAAAACUAAUACCAUGACUGCAACUUUGUAACAGAAGUCUUUGUAUCUUUUAAGUACAGUAUUUUAAGAACUAUUUUUAAUUGUCAUCUCCUGGGAAGAAUAAACUUGUAUUUAUAAAGCAUGAGACUUCCAGUCUAGGUGGGCUAUUCAAUGUCUUGUCAACAAGACAACGAACUACUAUAAGAAAGGGUAUUGUCUUGUAUAAUAGGGGUUUCUCUUGGGAUUAUUUCAGAAGGCAGUGAUGGUGGCAGAGCUGAAUGGUAUCAUUACAGCUGUCCUUUGAGUAACAGCAUAGUGUUUAGCUUCUCUGAGUUGGGUGACAGGUUGCCUUGUGUCUACAGAGACUUGUUUUACUUUCCCUUUACUCUUAGGACUCAAUUUAUUUUGAGCAUAUGCCGAAGACGCAUUGCCCUUUUUGACAAUGGAUGCUUAGAAAGCUACCUUGACUUUUUGUAAUCCAAAGCAAGAAAAAGGAAGCUUAUGUGUAUGUCACUUCUGUACAUGCCAAGUCCACUUCAUGUCACGGUUCUCUGCUAGCAAUUGGUACAGCAACUGAAACAGUAUGGAGAAAAGGAGGACUUUUUUAAUGGGGAGUCUUUUCCUUUAAAUGAUGGCCCAAUAACUACCUUCAUUUCCCUUGUCUAUACAAUUAGUAAAUAGCAAUUAGCAGAGAAAGGUUCGCAUAGCACUGUUUUACUACUGAUGAGCAAGAAACACUGAGUAAAACAAGUACGUUAAAAAUCACCUUACCUUUAU